UUAGGUAAAGAAAAAAAAAACUCGUGUAGUAAGUAUACUACAGGUCGGGAUUUUACCCAACAUUCAACGACGCAAACGAUGCCACGUCAAUAAAAUCUACUGCCCGCGGUCUUGCUCAUAUCAUGGCUUGCUCAUUACUGAAGGCUAGUGUCAUUAGCGUUAUCGUAACAAUACUUUUAAUCAAUCAUGUGGAAGGAAACAAAUACUCGGAGGCGGCUAAUAAACCGAAGAAGAAGCCCAAGACCGAAUUUUCACCUCCUGAUCAUAUCAAAGAAUUGAGGCAGCUAGACAAGCCCUUUCGCAUGCACAAAAUCAAUUUGAUUUGGACCAAAGCUAAACACAGAUUGACAGAUGUCAAAUUGCAAUCACUUUAUAGCGAUUUGAGGAUUCAAGAUAAGGAGGAGAUUGCUUACAAGCAUUAUAAAAGUGAUGGAAAGGACGAGACUGGAUUGGAAGAAGCUAGAUUGAGGAAAAAACUCAAAAAUACAAUGCACACUUAUGGCUUGCUCGAACACUUCGAGGAGAUUACCGAACCUGAGUAUCUAAAGAAACCUAAACUACACAAAGAUAAUAGUAAUUACGUUGCCAAAGAUGUAUUUAGAGAUAAGAGAUUAAAUCAAUUAUGGGCCAAAGCUGAAAGAGGAGGUUUUACUCAUGAAGAACUAGAAACUUUAAAAGAAGAGUUUGACCACCAUCAAGAUAAAGUAGAUGAAUACAUGAGUUUACUUUCAGAAAUCGAAGCUGGAGAUCCUGAUAAACAUGAAAAUAGUCUUCAUGAUAAACCUGAUAGCUGGAACGAAAUCGAAUCAGCAGAAGAACAAAGUAAUGAUAUUCCAGGGAAUAAAAAAGAUUAUUUGUCUAAAGCCAAUAUGUUGAAAAAUAUGCACUUGGAUCUUAGGAGCCAGUAUGAUCACUUGGAGGGAAUAACUUCUAAAGGACCUGGGUACAAGGAAUUUGUAGAGCCUAAAGUUCAACUCCUUUGGAAAAUGGCGCUAGAGGCUAAAUUUUCUCACCAAGAAUUAGAGUCUUUAAAGGAAGAGCUUUUACACUAUGAAACUAGACUUAUAAAACUGCGUCAAAUGCAUACCGAUGCAGCAUUAGAAGCAGCAAGACAAGGAAAAGACCAACCUAAUGAUACACAUAUCAAAAGGCAUGUAUUGAGCGUGGAAAAGCUUCACAACGAAAUCCAAGAUAAAAUUCUGUCAAAGCAUACCGAACUUUAAGAUACAUUUAAUGGUGCAAUACACAUAUUGAAUUUUAUUUUUUAUAUUUUAUAAAUAUUUAAUAAUGAUAAGUUAGGCCUAUUUACAAGAGAGAACAUACUGUUUACGGAAUCUUUUUGAAUAUAUGUUGUUUUCUACUUUUUUAUUAAAUAUUUAAGUACACUAAUUUGUAACUGAAUCGAACAAAUGUCUUGUGAUAAUAAAUAGCUCAGCUCAC